UCUUUAAAACACAAGUUGAACCCGUCUUCCAAUCAUUUUUGUCCUCCGGGAAAGACCUGUCUUAAUUUAUUCCUUCAAGAGAGAGAGAGAGAGAGAGAAAGAGAGAGGGAUUGUUAGAAACUCUCUCUUCUUCCUUCCCUCUUCUCUGUUUCUCUCGGAGUUGUUCUUCCUUAUGUAUGAAAAGAAAGUUGAAGAGGGUCGAAAAGGGUGAUCUUAUUGAAGAUAAUUUGUGGGGUUUUGGUGGGUUUUUGAGAUUGUUAAAGUUUUGCAUGGUUAAGAUGCUGGGGUGUGAAUGCUUUUGUUGGCACAGAGGAGGUGGUGAAGAGUUACCUUUGCCUCGGCCUCAGCCUUUCUCUUUGCCUUCUCCAAUUCCAGAAUGGCCUCCAGGUCAAGGAUUUGCUACUGGAAAAAUAAACCUAGGAGAAUUAGAAGUGGUUCAAAUUACUAAGUUUGAGAGUGUUUGGAGCUGCAAUUUGUUGCGUGGUAAAUCGAAAGGUGUCACAUUUUAUAAACCUGUGGGGAUUCCGGAUGGAUUUUUCUGUCUCGGUCAUUACUGUCAACCAAAUGACCAGCCACUGAGAGGGUAUGUUCUUGUCGCUUGUGAAAGGGUAGCUUCCAGUACAGAAGUUUAUUGUGACUAUGACUCAGAUUCAGACCUUCCAGCGCUCACAAAGCCUGUUAACUAUUCAUUGAUUUGGAGCACAGAUGCACAUGGUAAUGGUUGUGGUUUCUUCUGGCUGCCAAACCCACCAGUGGGUUAUAAAGCCAUGGGAGUUUUGGUUACCGACACGCCAGAGGAGCCUAAUGUGGAAGAAGUUAGAUGUGUUCGAGAUGACCUUACGGAGACUUGUGAAAUUAGUGAUACCAUACUUGCCAGUGCUUCAAACCCAUUUCAGGUUUGGAACACGAGACCAUGCAGAAGAGGAAUGUUUUGCAAAGGUGUUUCUGUUGGGACAUUCUUCUGCAGCACCUACUUUGUUUCUGAAGAAGAAGAGUUAGAGAUCUCAUGCUUGAAGAAUCUAGACCCCACACUACACGCGAUGCCAAAUCUAAACCAGAUUCAUGCACUCAUCAAACACUAUGGUGCAACAGUUUUCUUUCAUUCUGAUGAAGAUUGUAUGCCGUCAUCAGUUCAAUGGUUUUUCAAAAAUGGAGCACUUCUAUAUGAAUAUGGUAACCCUAAAGGUGAACCUAUUGAUUGUUGGGGUUCUAACUUGCCCAGUGGAGGGACAAAUGAUGGCACAUUUUGGAUAGAUUUGCCUGCAGAUGAUUAUGCAAGAAAUUAUGUAAAGAAAGGAAAUUUAGAGAGUGCAGAGCUCUAUGUUCACGUAAAACCAGCGUUAGGAGGAACAUUUACUGACAUUGUGAUGUGGAUAUUUUGCCCCUUCAAUGGACCAGCCAACCUUAAGAUUGGGUUAAUGAGCAUACAAAUGAACAAAAUUGGGGAACAUGUGAGUGACUGGGAACACUUCACUCUCCGGAUAAGCAACUUCACUGGAGAACUGUGGCAAGGAUACUUCUCACAGCAUAGCGGUGGUGAGUGGGUUGACGCUUUCAACUUGGAAUUUAUUGAAGGUAAUAAGCCAAUUGUUUACUCAUCCAAACACGGGCAUGCUAGUUUUCCACAUCCCGGGACUUACCUGCAAGGGUCAGUUAAACUUGGAAUAGGAAUUAGGAAUGAUGCUGCCCGAAGCAAAUACUAUGUGGAUUCAAGCACUAGGUAUCAGAUUAUUGCAGCUGAGUAUCUCGGGGAUGGAGUAGUUACAGAACCAUGUUGGUUGGAUUACAUGAGAGAGUGGGGUCCUACCAUAGUAUAUGAUUCAAGAUCUGAACUAGAUAAGAUAAUUAAUCUGCUGCCAUUGUUUGUUCGAUUUUCAGUGGAGAACAUCUUUGACCUGUUUCCGACUGAGCUUUAUGGGGAGGAAGGGCCAACUGGACCAAAGGAGAAGGAUAACUGGGUAGGAGAUGAAAGAUGGUAGCCGAAGUUUCAGCUUAUAUACCUUUUCACGACCGUCCCUGCUUUCGAGUGUACAGUCAUACUGGCAUGGUUUUGGUGUAUUCAUGGACCUGCAAAAGCCGGAUUAAGCAGAUUGCUUUACCGUGUAAAGUUGGCAGAAACGGUGAUUAUAUUUCUUCUUUGAAAACAAAGGAUGCACUCAUGCUCCUGUCAUAAUUUGGUUUGGGGACAACACCAUUGACAUUCAUGUGUCAAUUUCAGAACAUCACAUUCAUGUGUCAAUUUCAGAGGUUCUAUGCGUCUACGCAGCAUGCUUCUCUUACUACAUACAAAUUCGUCGAGGUGCAUAGAAUGUAGCUUCUGAUGCAACUGGAGCGCUCGCAUCACAAUGAUAAAGAAGUCAUAAGUAACAUAAAAAUUCUGCAUUUGCCAUUCAUUCUAGUGAUUCUUAAAUAUGGUGUUAUGCUUGUAGCUUCUGUGAUAGUGCUUUUGCUUGUAAGUGACUUGCAGAUAUGCCAUGGAAAUCUAUGAAUUUGAUGUGCAAAUUUGAAUUUGAAAAAAGGGCAAAAAGAAAAGCUAAAGCUCUCAAGAAAUCUGUCGUGUUUGGUCAAUUCUUGUGAUUGUCCCUGUUAUUUUCCAUGUCUUAUUCACCAAUAAAGGUAAUGCAUAAGAUGGC